AUGUACGUGGACGAGGAGCAGCUGCUGGAGCUGCGGCGGCGGCCGCCCGUGGCCUUCGUGGUGCGGAACGCGGUGGCCAAGGAGGAGGAAGUGCAGGGCCCCACAGCGGCAGCGGCAGCCUCAAUGGCUACAGGACGGGGACGAGGACAGAGCUGGCACUCGCCCGUGCACGUGCCGCUGUCGCACCGCAAGCUGGUGCAGCCGCCCGAGAUCUUCCGAGAGGACCCGCCCUUCCGACCCAUCGCGCCGCGAGCUCCGACGAUGGCGAAGGCAGGGAGGCGGCGCGAUCACGCGAGUAUUGUGGCGGCUAAAGCGACCCAUAAACCGACCAAGCUGACGCCGAUGGUGAACACUGUGCCGGAGCUGCGAGACCAGCUUGCCGACAGGUACCUUUCGGGCGUUGAGGACGCCAUCCUGUUCUUCCUGGACGCCAAGCACAGGCACGACAUCCUGUACUUCAAACGGAAGGCCGCGCAAGUGGCAAACCCGGGAGUGACUGCGAAGCUUUCGCUGGGAUUCUCGUCCGCGCCUGCCUCGACCGGGAAGUACAUGCCCUACGACCUGGUGCGAAUCGACGAGGCCCCCAGAUCUGGCGCGGGCGACUACUUCAUGAUGACGUCCACGUCCCUCGUGCACCACACGAACAACAACGACAACGACGUCUCCGGAGAGGUCAUCCCGCUGUCGCAGUGGAUCAUGGAGAGCAAGAUGUUCUCCCUACUGCUGGCAGGGAUCCCGCUCUUCCAGAAGUUCCUGGUGCGCAAAGUUUUUGUGGGGUGGGUGCGCGCGAUCCGGCAGAUCAUCUAUCGGGACAACUGCAAGCGCAUCGCUCAGUGUCUGCCGUUUGCUCGACGAGCUUUCGUUCGGCCGUUGUUGAGUUCGUGUCGCGCUCUUCGAGACAUCCAGGAGAUCAGAUCUCUGACACUGCCCAGUACUCGGCCGGCGGUGGACCUCGCUGCCGUUCAAGAGCAUCAGAAGGAGCGUCUCACCAUCGCAGAAAUGAAGCUGAUCGACGCGAAAGAGAAGCUGCUAGGUCUCAUGGAAGACAUGGUGCAACAGAUUUGCGACGAUCUCCAGCCCGCCACUAACCUGGAUGAGUUUUACAGCGCUGAGGCCGCCUCUGUCCGGACAAUCAACGCCAAGUGGAAAUCAGCGCCGAUAGCUGUCAUGCGCAAGCGGAAGACGGAUCUCCAGCACCAAAAGGAUGCGGCAGCUCUUGAUAUGUCGCUGCUGGAAGCGUACAUCCGCAUGAUGGACUACAUGUUCACUGAAAGCCUCUACUUGAUGAUCAUCGGGUGCGUCGAUCACCUGCGAGAGGAGCUCUCGCGUGAAGAAAACCUGGGGGCACUUUGCGCUGCCGUGACGAUCGCUGGAGACUCGCUUGAACUCUCUCCGUCACUCAAGCAGACGAAGCUGGUACUGUUGGAGGGCUUGGCCAGACUGAUUCGUCUCGUCAGCAAUUUCCACUUUACUAAGAAUGCCAUCACGUGGAGCAACAACCGGGGCACAGGAGUGUUAGCUGUGGUGGCGGAGUCGUUUAAGGCUAGCGAUAUGUCUUCAGCGGACUUCGACCUGCAGUCGGUGCUGCGGAAGGACCCGACGUUUGAUGAAGCGACAAAAGAGCUGACGUCCGAGCUCGCCUUGUGGUUCGAUCGAGCGGCUCAGCAAAUGCUGGCGUUCGAGUCGUUGCGUUUCAUUUACUUGGAGGUCCAGUCCGUCCGACACUGCCAUCCAUCGCGAGGAGAAAGUCAAGCGCCUGGGAACAACCCACACCACCCACCUUCAGAUCUCUCUCGUCUAAGCGGAGUGUCGACUGGGGAGGUCUCUCGCUUUUUGAAGAGUAUCGCCCACCGCCUGAACGUGCUGGAUCGGUCGCAGCACGCGUGUCAAAAGCUGCAGUCAAGCUGGAAGGUAGGGUUCCUCGAAAUUCAGUGCCGCCGCUCCAUCGCGGACAUUCUCGACCUAAUUUCCCAAGAACGCAACACGCUGCAUGAAUCGCUCUACCGUCUAGCAGUCGAAGGAGUGGCGGAGUGUGUCGGUGCGCUACAGCGAGCCACAUUGGUACUGGAAGACCGCCCGCAGCUUAUUGAGUUCUUCUGUGAGCAGAUGAAGCAGGUUCGGCUACUGAAGGAAGGUGAAAAGCAGUUGAACCAAAACAUCCGCAACGUGGACGAAACAGUUCGAGCGUUGAAGCGGUUCACUCCACCGCUGGGAUCGGAAGUGUCGCCGCAGUACAACGUCAUGCACCAGUUCUUGGGCAAGUACACUUCUCUGGUCCAGUCGCACGGCAAGUUCGCCGCCAAAGUCCUGCCCAACAUUACGUACCAGGUCAACACGGCGCUGCAGAAGUACACGCUGCGCUGCCAGAAGCUGCUGAAAAUGUACGACGAGUUUGCCGACAUGGAAGAACAGGAGGACAUGGAGAAGAACGUGGGGGUGUUCCAGGAGGUUGUUCGCGAAUUAGCGGCAAUUGAGAAGGCGACCAAACUGUACCAAGAGUACCAAAAGAUGGUCGGCUUGAAGAUCGUGGAGAUUCCGUCACUGGCCGAAGCGAAGACGAAAUGGGGCGAAGUGCAAGAACUCGUCACGUUUACGAUGCAGUGGCUGACGACGAUCAACUCGAUGGAGAACGGCAUUUUCGGCGAGCAAAAUUGGGAGGCCCAUGCCGUAAAAGUACACAGUUUCUUGCCGGUUAUUCGAGAGCUUCAGAGUCGGGAGCGAGCGGGCUUUGCAGAGAAGCUACUUGGCAACAUCCACCAAGCCGUCAUCGACUACUUGCGGAAGCUGAGUUUAGUGAAAGAAAUGGCCCAGCCUUGGGUCAAGAUUCACCACUGGAAGGAGAUUCUAAAGCUCAUGGACAUUCUCAACUACGUGUCCAGCAUUGGCGUGCUGAUUACCGAUGGGUUCACAGUGACUCUGGGCUUUCUUCGAAGUCGCGACUUGUGGAAGUACGAGCUGCAGAUUCGGGAGAUCACUCAGAAGGCCCAUCACGACGCUGUGACUGAGAAGAAGCUCAACGCGAUGAAAGCCCGGCUACAUGACGCUACGCUGCCUAUAAUUCGUAUCCAGGACUCAUACGAGCUCGAUCAUCCACGAGCCAGUCAACUUCUUGAGUCGUUCGAAGACGAUCUGUUGACUAUCCAGUCUCUAGCUCAAGUGACCGCGUCCGGUUCUCUACAGUUGCAGCUUGUGCAGUGGCGCGACGAGGUUCGACACUGCGAAGAAGUGCUGGAUAAGUGGAGUGUCGUUCAGCGCAGCCGCACCAAGUUGAGUCUCCUGUUCUCGCUCCGUGACGUCCAGCAAAGCGUGACCGAAGCCUCCUUCGAGUUCCAAGCCAUUGACCGCAAGUGGAGAGGCAUGAUGCAUGCAGCCAAAGGCACCUCAUCUCUGUCGAUCUGCCUGCGCGAAGUGGUUACGAUUGGGUUUCUAGUCGGUGCACAGGAGUCCUACGCAAAGCUGUGGCUGCAGUUGGGGGCGUACCUCGACGAGAAGCGCAAGUACUUCCCGCGCUUCAGCUUUCUCUCGGACCACGACCUGUUCCAGUUGAUGAUACAUGCGCGUGACCCGAAACACCUGCCUCGUAUGGUUUCCAAAUGCUUUCGAGGGAUCAAUUCUCUACGAGUCGUGCCGUCCCGGAGAAACACACUAGGGGCUGUAGAUAUCCUGGCAAACACUUCGACAUCAACUGGUGGCAGCGGUGGAAUUACUGAAGAGGUCACACUAAAAGACUCAGCAAAGCAGCAGGGCCCUCUACCCUUUACUACGGUGCACGAUGGGAUUGAUAUUAAUGCCGUUUAUGGAGCCGCCACAGGGGAGGAGCUCCCAAUCAGACCGAUACGUGUUGGCGCCAACCCACAGUUUUGGAUGAAAGAGCUGGACGAACGAGUACGAGCUGCUAUGGUGGACGCGGUCAUUAGCGCGAUGGAUGGGAGUCUGGUUACUUUGUUUGAAGAAAACCUGGAAUCUCUGAUCCGUUCUAGUGGAUCGAAGAGAAGAGCGUCGUCACGUGGCGAUAGUGGUGAGCGGAAGGCGAGUGAGAGUGGAGGAGACAACUCUUUUGCAUCGAAUGAAGCAGAAUCUCCUCGACUCAGUGUGGUGGAUGGCCGGGGGUGGAUGGACUACCCUCUUCAAGUGGUUAUUCUCUGUGUUCACAUCUUGGUCACGCACGAGGUGAGCCCGUUAGUCCGUCUCGACCGCACGGGUGCAGCUUGGCAGCGCUUUUGGCAUCUCUUUCAGCUGAAAAAGUCCAACUUGAUCGAGUACAUCGUGCGUCGGACCUCAACUCCGAGGGAAAGGUGGAUCGCAAGCUCCAUCUUGACGCUCCUUCUGAACAAAUCUCAGGGUAUACGAGAGCUGUACGAGGACCAGCCGUUAACGCUCGUGACUCAGUCAGUUGGAGCAGCAGCGACUCACCAACCUGGUAGCGAUGCUUCUGUGUAUCACUACAGUUAUGCGGCUGGAGACGCCUUCACGUGGAUCAAGCUCCCGAGGUUCUACUACGAUCCAUUCGAGAAACGAUGCACCAUCCAUCACUUGGUCAAGACGUUCCAGUACGAGUACUCGUUCAUCGGAAGCUACGCUUGCCCAGUGCUGAGCCCUCUCUGCAAACGUACCGUGCUGGCUAUGAGCACCGCUCUGUCGUUGGAGCACGGCUUGUUGUUACACUCUCCUCGCAGCGGUGGGAGCACGAGGAAGAAAACACUCAUGCGCGAUUUAUCUGCAAUGGUUGGGCGAGAGUGUAUGGAGUUCGACUACUCGAAUGGACUCACCCUCACUCACUUCAAGCAGAUUCUGCGGGGCGUUCUCCAGAGUAACUCGGUCUGGCUUUCGUUUUCUGGCGUCGAGGUGUCCAGUAUGCUGUGGAUGUUUGUGCUGGAGAUGAACCAAAUUGUGGAUGCAUUGCGAGCCCACCAAGAGACGAUAGUGCUGGACGGGGCCCCCGUGGAUAUCACCAACAACGAGCUCGCUGUCAUAGUGACGUGCUCACUCGAUUACCAGCACCCGCACCAUCAGCAAGUUUUCCUGCGCCUUUCAACGUGCUUUGCUCCCGUUGCGUGUCCUACAGUGAACCCAGAGCUUAUAGUGGAGGCGUUGCUGCUCGUGAAUGGAUUCAAGGACUGGAAGCAACUCAGUCUCAAGCUGGAAGCUCUUUUCUGCCUUCUCAUCGACGACCCGGUGCCUUUUACCAAGGAUUUAACGCUCAGCAGACUGCCUUUGGCGUUUGACAUCGUCAGAAAUGUUAGCAAUCGGCUGGAUGUGAACCCGUGGCAGACAGCAGAGAAGUCCCUCGUCGCUUCCAUUUGGGACGAAUUCCACUCCAAAGUCCUGCCCGAGAGGCGAGUGGCAUUUUUGAAAUGUAUUCGCACCGUAUUCCCGCACGCGGCAGAUUUGGAGAUUAAUGGCUAUGGAGUGCUAGCACUGCGGGCUCCUAUGGCACAUUCGGCGCCGGUAAAUGCUCAGGACCAGCCCGUUAUCGAGGAAAAUGUUGCGGCUUCAUACGACAGUGACGAGGAAGAUGAGCACCACGAGCUGAAAGCUCUAAAAGUCAAGAUCGAAACGACAAUUAAUGCUCGGCGGCUGAGUGUGAGCGAGUUUUACAUUCGCAAGCUGCUCGAGAUGUAUCAAAUCGUGUCCAAACGAGUGAUAGUCGUCGUCGUCGGCCGCGGUGUGUGUGGGAAGUCUACAGCCAUUAGCGUCCUGAAUUCGUUGAUCGCGGACGAAUUGGCGGCGUCGGAGAGUGGGGAAACCAAGUCAAAUGACGUACAAGACGAUGCAGCUCUCGAUAAGCACCUCCGCACCGUUCGACUUUACCCGGAAGCUUUCUGCAUCAAGGACAUUUACGGGGAGAUUACGGGAGACUCGACUUGGGACGACGGCUUUUUCAGCCAUUUCUUCCGCCAGAACUGCGUCGACACUGCUUCUAACGACAGCAGCUUUGAGGGAUCGUUCUUCUCGCACGCUGGAGAUACCACAGCAGCACUAGCAUCAAACCGGUCCUUAGCGCCGGCAUCGUGGAUUGUUUUUGACGGUGUACGCGAUGCACCAACUCUGUUGGAACCUCUUCGCGGCCUAAUGGAAGCCUCGCCGAAGGGCAUCAAGAGAAUGAACCUGCCGAACGGCGACCAGCUGGAAUGUACGCAGGAGAGUCUACGCAUUUUCUGCGAGGUUGAGAGUCUGGAUCACUGGUCUCCGGCUUGUCUGAGCCGCUGCGGCUUAGUGUACAUGCAAACGGAGCACAUGGUGCCCUACACGUUUCUGAUCAAGAGCUGGCUGCAGCAGCAGCAACCUAGACGCAAGCGUUCGAGCCUUGCGCAUCUGACCAAGCUACUGGAGCCGACCAGUGAGUACGUGGCGAAACUUAUGCGAACACACUUGCCAGCGGUCUUGGACGUGUUUAAACGGUAUAUUCCACCGUUCCUCGAGUGCUCUGUCACUCAUGGCGUCACGAAUAUGCUCCAGGUUCUCAGUCCGCUGGUUGCUGAGGUGGCCAAAGGUGUGGUGGAAGAUGACGCGGACUGGAUGUCCGACGCCAAAAUCAUCGUUGCAUACGCUGCAACGAUGUCGCUCGGUAUGAUCCUCCCGCCUCGCGCUCGCCCAGAGUUUCAUGACGCCGCCAUUAGAAUUGCCCCUCAGUUGAUAGAUGGACACCCAAUCUUCACUGUGGAUCCGUCCGCUACGCUAGCACUAGUGGAACUGUCGAGACCGGCAACUCGUCGAAGCAGCUUCGCGUUUCAAUCAGAGUUCCCUCGUCGGACGAGCGCAGUGCUGAAAGCUCGAGGACGAAUAGUGACAAGUGAAGACACGGACGAUGCCGAAGGCGACGAUGAGCUCAUCGGUGACACGUCGACAAUCACAAGCCCCCUCUCCAUCAUUUACGUCCCAACAGCCAUAACCGUGAGCUGCAACGCGUGGCUCAAGAUGAUCGGGCUAGCCAAAGCUAACGCAUUUGUAGUGGGGGAGUCGGGUGUUGGGAAGACGCUCAUCGUGGAAAACUGUUUGCGGGAGCUUGGCCAGAAGGAGCGUGUGAGUGCGACAGCACUACAGAUUAACCCCUCGACGACAGGAUUUGAUAUCCAGCGAGCAAUCGAAAACGGGAUGACAGGCAAACUGAAAGGUGCGCACUGUCCUGGCGUGGGGAAACGGGCGCUGGUGUUGCUCCUGGAGAAUCUCAAUCUCGACACCCAGCAUUCUUCAACUAAGACGGACGGCCCAUGCUCCGGGAUGAUUCGACAAGUGAUCGACGGAAAAGGAAGUUUUAUCAAGUCCACCAAGGAAUUCGUCGAGUUUCGGGACCUGGCUGUGUGGUGCUCGUUUUCGUUGUCCACGUUCGGAUAUCCUCGUGUGCCCUCGCGCUUGUUGCGGCACUUUCACAUGAUUUGGGUCCCUGAACAAAGUGACCAAGUCUUUGCUGAAGUGAUCCCGAUGUUCACGACGAACUUCCGGAGACGCUACGAAGGCCCCUUCGGCGAUUUGACUAGCGCCGUUCGUCGACUGACGCAGUUUCCGGUUCAAAUGCUCAAGAGAUCAAGAAAAUUGUGGAGGCCGUCCGCCGUCACCCCGCACUUGCUCUUCAACAUCGGCAGUGUGCUUUCGGUAUUCAUCAGUCUCAUGAACAUGUCUGUGUCGCGAGUUCCAGCCGAGCCCAUUCUCGAGUUCGAGCUGCUCACGAUGCAUUUCACCCUUCAGCUCCAUCGCAACCGGUUCGUAGACCAGUCAAACCGAGAUCAACUGCAGUCCACAGCGCUCAGGAUCGCUAAGAAACUAGGCUUCAGCUCCCAAAGCUUGGCGUACCUCCGGUCCCCGGAAGACUAUUUCUUUGCCGACUGUGGAGACACGGAGGGGAUCACGCGAGUCAACGCAAGGACGCUCACGACAAUAUUUGUCGCGGGUGAAGAGCGCUUCCACUGGUACCACAAGGCCACACUGAAGGCAAAUCCGACAUCCCCCGAGCUGUCCGUAUCCGGUCCGGAGAUUGUAGCAGUGCAAAGCGAACUCAGUCCACGCACUCUACGCGGUAAAGGCUCCCGAUCGGUUCGUCAUUUACUGGCAGCAAGUGCAGAUACGAUCGACCAUGGUCCGACAACCCCCACACAAGAAGUCGCGACAAUACGGCGAUCUUCCUUGGCGAUGAUGGCGCUUAAAACCGGUCUACCCGACGAGAAAGUGACUGUCGUUCCGUCAUUUCAUCAACUGCAGAACACGUUGGACAUCUACAGCUUCCUCCAGAGCGGUGUGCGCCAUUUACUGCUCAGCGGAUCGGACACUGCGGAUCGACGGAGCACGACGAUGGUUGCGUGUGGCACACUGUCCUUUCAAUUCCGUGAAGUCAGCGCUCAGCUACGUCUCGCAGAUUUCAUCGAGCACGUCAAGUCCAUCGUGCUGGAGGCUGGUCUCAAGGCGACGCAGACGGUGGUGUACGCGGAGUUCGAGGACUUGAGCUCCGAAGAGGCCGCUCUUCUCGUGCAUUUGAUCCGCCAAGACGACAUCCCGCCGCACCUGUAUUCGUCAGCAGACAAGGUGAAGCUGCAUGCUAUCGAGCACCAGUCCAAAUGCCUUCCGACCGCUCUACCUCCUUCGCCCAGAAAAUCGUUUCUUCAGAGCGUGGCAUCUCCUAAUGAGAAAGAGAAGGGGGUUGGAGGUGUGAGGCGGUCAACGACAGCAACCCACUCACUAGCGCAUUUGUUGACGGUUUUCCGAGAAAAUGUGCGCCGCAGUCUCUACAUCGUGCUGUCAAUCGGGUGCAAGAACAAACUGCUCGAGUUCAUGACUCUCCAGCCGUGCGCAUACUACAGAUUUGUGAUCAAGACGUUUCCUCGAUGGCAAGAUGUGUCGGCCGAAGCUGUCUGCAAUAGUGCGCUCCAUGAAUGGGCAUUGCUGACCGAUAUCUCCACAGGAUCCGAUUCCCUCUUCGAACGGCAUUCGCCAUCUCCAACGCUCCGCGGAAGAAGGUUUGGGGCGGUGACUACGCGACUUGAUGACAUGUUGCGCGUGUUCAAAAUUCUUUUCUCGUUCCAGCACAGGAAGCUCGAGCGCCAGCUCCGAGACUUGGGUAAAGCGUUGCGGUAUCUGGCCAAACGACUGUCCCAGACGAACAUCCGAGUUGCGAAGGAGGAGACAAGCGAGGUCCAGCAGAAUGAUGCCACCCAAGCGGUUAUGGACACAACUGCCCAACUAGCAGCCCAAGAGGCCAUCGAGAGAGAGGCAAGGCGGUUGUUCCUACUGGAUGAAGAACGGUGCGCCAAGAUUCAGAGCGAGAUUGAGCUGGAGCGCGCCAGCAUCCAGCGUGAGUUGUCAAAGACUCUACCGGAAGUGCAGGAGGCCACUGAAGCGCUAUCCCAGAUCAACAAGUACCACAUUGUCGAGAUGAAAUCCUUUACAAAUCCCCCACAGCUUGUGCGCUUAGCGAUGCAAGCUGUGUGCGUGUUACUUGACGUCCCGCCGACAUGGAGCGAGGCGCUGCGGAUUCUGGCGGAUAUCCGAUUCCUGGAGCGUCUUCGCAACUUUGACCGAGAUAAAAUCGAUCCGACGUUGAUAGACCGCGUCAAGUUUUACGUGAACCAUCCAGACUUCUCGAUGGAGAACAUGAGGCGUGCGUCGCUGGCUUCAACCACGCUCUGCAAGUGGGUGCUGGCUCUGGUACGCUACUUUGAGGCGAUGAAGCGUGUGGCCCCCACGCAGAAACUGCUAGACGAAACAGAGCAGAGUUUCCGCGUGAUUGAAGAGCGCGCACAGGCCGAGAAGAAGAAGCUCAUAGACAUCGAGAUCCACCUGGCUGAGCUCCGGGUUCUUCACGCACAGAAUCUCCAUCGCGAGGCGGAACUCCAGCGAACUCAAGAGACGAGAUUGCGGUGGAAAUCUUUGGUCGCGUCCUUCGGCCACGUUAUCAAGCAAUGGUACGAUAUCACGCGCGAGCAUUUCGAGUCUGUUGAGCUGCAACGAGUCAACUUGCUGGGAGACUGUACUAUCGUAUCAACUCUGAUCAUCUUUGGAGCUGAAUUGUUCCAUGAGGACCGGGAGAAGCUGUUGCUGCAGUGUCGAGCAGCAAUUCAAAGGCAUUUCGCCUCACCUCCGAACGAUCCGUACCCCAUGGCAGCCGAAAUCAGUACGAUACGAGGAGGACGACGCGUUUGCGACCAGUCUGUUCCUCAUGGACCAAGCGCAGCAAGUUUGUUUCAAGAUUCCAUUCCUGGUAGAUCCCCUUGA